AUGAUGCGAGCUGUCAAUGUGCGCAGGCUUCUCGCGAUUCCCGAAACAUAUCUCGGCAAUACAAUUGUUUACGCCAUCGAUAUGCUAGCCACUAGUGCCACAUACCAUUUAGGUACUGUUGCUCAAAACCUACGGGCAUCGCUCGAAGACUUGCGUGAUUCUGGUAUGGUUCACGAUGCGCUUGAAUUGGCAAAUAACAUCCCCGAUGUCCGCAACCUGGGAUUGUCAUUUCCCAUCUGGGCUGCUGGGAACAUGGUCUUGAGUUCUCUUUCCCGGUUGCCUGUUUCAGACUGGGAUUUUGGAUGUAUAUCUCACGGGGGCUUGGGAAAGAUGGAGAUUAUGCGAUUUCGGGACAAGUGGUUUGAGGGUAUCACAUUCACGAUGCCCCAGCGACCAGAUGGAUCACUAGAGAUUAUCAUCACAAUGAAGGCCCCCGAUAUGGAGAGACUAAAGGCAGAUCAAGUGUUCAUUGAGUUUUUCAAAUUUGUGUCUCAGUGA